AGUAGGUGGUUGAACUUUGAAGUAUGGUUUAAGAUAUCGGAAACGGUUUUAGGAUAGGCCGAUUACCAAUCCGAUUCCUCAAACCAUAGGGAAACCAGAGAGGACUGGAGGCAGAAGAGAUCUGUAAGCUUGUAACUAUGUUGAAUGUUGUGAUAUUAAAGGUUGCCCUAUAAUCUAUUACACGUUUAACCAUGAUUGUUCCUUCAAUUUCGUUAUCAUCUGUGAACCCUCUUCGUAUAUCUUCUUGUCGCUGCCGCUGCAACAGUUUUACUUAUCCCGAGAUGAUGCCUCAGUUCUCAACUCUCGCUUGUGCAAGCCCUGAUGCAACCACUUCUCCAAUCCAACCAACGAUGGAGUUGAAGCCCAAGCCGUGGCUGCUUGUCGGGCUUGGCAAUCCUGGCAAGAAGUACCAAGGAACGAGACACAAUGUAGGUUUUGAGAUGAUAGACACCAUAGCGGAAGCUGAAGGGAUAUCCAUAAGCAGUGUUAAGUUUAAAGCUCUUUUUGGAAAAGGAUUUAUAGGACAUGUCCCAGUAAUGCUCGCUAAACCACAGACUUUCAUGAAUGCGAGUGGUGAGUCUAUUGGAUCCAUCGUUUCAUAUUACAAGAUUCCACUGAAGCAAGUGCUUGUUGUAUUUGAUGACAUGGAUUUGCCCUUAGCAAAAUUACGUUUACUGCCAAAAGGUGGACAUGGGGGCCAUAAUGGGAUGAGAAGUGUCAUUGAUCACUUCAAAGGGAGUCGUGAUUUUCCUCGUUUGAGGAUAGGCAUAGGACGACCUCCUGGGAAAGUGGAUUCUGUCAAUUUUGUUCUUCAAUCAUUCAAUAGACAAGAACGGGAAGAGUUGGACUUCACAUUUCAAAAAGGGUUGGAAGCUGUGAGGAUUCUUUUGCUUGAGGGCUUUGAUAGAAGUGCUACAUUCGUUAACAGUGCUAAGCCAAUGGAGAAAUUUCGCUAGAAUUUGAGGUGCUUCAAUUCACAGAAAGGAAGAUUGUGGAUUAGUGAGGGAUCUAUGCUUCACCUACCCAUGGCUGCAAGACUGGUUUAGAGUCGUUAGGUCAUUCUUUGCUGGAAAUUGGAGAAAAAACAAUGGAAGAUCAGGAGUGGAUAAGGUUUUAUGAAUCAACCUUUGGGUGGUUCUGCCCUGUUUUAUUGUGUUUGGGGAUUUACAACGCAUUUGGUUGUAAGGCAAAUGUAAAUAUUUUUUGGGGAAGUAAAAUAUAUUUUACAAGAACAAAGUUUUCCUUCGCAAA